AAAGCCCCGGCGGACGUUGAGCGGCCACGGCCGCGUUCUCGCUUCAACAGUGCUUGAACGGAACCGGCUGCUCGCGGCGCGCCGUCCAUCCCGCCCGCCCGCCCGCCCGCCCGUCCAUCCCGCUCCGUCCGUCCCGCUCCGUCCGUCCGUCCGUCCGUGCCGCCAUGGAGUCCCAGAUCCGCCAGAACUACCACCGCGACUGCGAGGCCGCCGUCAACCGCAUGGCCAACACGGAGCUCUACGCCUCCUACGUCUACCUGUCCAUGGGCUUUUACUUCGACAGGGACGACGUGGCCCUGUCGCGACUGUCGCGGUUCUUCCUGGAGCAGUCGCGGGAGGAGCGGGAGCACGCCGAGGGGCUGCUGCGCUUCCAGACCAACCGCGGCGGCCGCGUUCUGCUGCAGGACAUCAAGAAGCCGGAGCGGGACACCUGGGGCUCGGCGCUGGAGGCGGUGGAGGCGGCGCUGCAGCUGGAGAAGGCGGUGAACCAGGCGCUGCUGGAGCUGCACGCCCUGGCUGCCGAGAAGGGCGACCCCCACCUUUGCGACUUCCUGGAGUCCCACUACCUGGACGAGCAGGUGAAGGCCAUCAAGGCGCUGGGGGACCACGCCACCAACCUGCGUCGCCUCACUGGGGGGGCCACCGGGCCCGGGGAGGCCUCGGCCGGCCUCGGCGAGUACCUGUUCGACCGUCUCAGCUUGGAAGAGCGCAGCUGAACGCCCCCAGCACCGUCCCCCCGAGCCCCCAGACCCGUGUAACCCCUCGCCCCACCCAAGGGGGCCCUGCCUGCUGGGCUCCCCCAGCAUGACUCCAAUAAAGGGUCUGUCUAAGCCUCC